CCUGCCGUCCCCCUCCCCACUACACACUCCUGUCCUACAACGGCCAUGUUGUUGCGUCUUGCGAUUAUGCCGCUCGUGACUAGCUCUCAUGAGCCUAUGCGUCGCUAACCAAAAACAAUUAAAUAUUGUAAUCCACUCGAUGUCGCAUGUCCCCCGCGUCAUUCGAUUGCGGUGAUUUGCUGUUCAUCACGCGGAUCGACGACGAAACGAGCGAAACGUAUCGAUUUCCGCCGAAGGAGCAGGCGGCGGAUGCGCACACGUUCGAACACCGGCGAUAACGCGUUCGUCGGGCAGACGCCAUACUGCACAUCCGGACCUAGUCUGUUUACACCCGUCUCUUCGAAAUCGACUCCACGUCCUUGGUGAUUAUUAAAUACCAACAUUGCAAAAAUGAGUGAACCGAAGUCUAAAAAAAACCCCACUUACGCAUUGGAUACUUUACUUUGGGUAAAACUGCUCAAUCGUGUUUGGUGGCCCGGUACAGUUGUAGAUCCCCUUACAAUACCUCAAGAAUUAUUACUUUAUGUGAAAAAAGUUGAACCUAUUGCUUGUGUGGUUAAAUUUAAAGAAGAUGAUAAAUAUCAUGUUGUUGGAUUAUACGAAGAAGUAUAUCUAUACUCGUGUGAUCGCAAAAUGGAAUUUAUUGAAAAAGGGUUCUCAUUAUAUAAGAAUCAGCUGAAAGGUUUUGCAGUGAUUGGUAAAUUUGACAUGAAUAACUUUAAGAAUGAAGUAAUAUCAAUGGAACGUCUGAUUGGAGGUGAUAUAUGUAUUUUUGAAAAUUUAAAAGAACAAAAAGAAAUAGUGAAGUCCAUUGUCAAAGAAUUUUUCACUCCAACUAAUACGAAAAAGUCGAAAAAGAAAGAAGUUGAAAGGAAAUCUUUACCCGCACCUAAACUUCCUAAAACUCUUAAGACUCCUAAUCAACCAAAACCUAAACCUGUUUCCAAUCCAAGAUCAUCAACUCAAUCACAGGUUGGUAAGAAAUCGACUGGUUAUACCUGUCAUUCAAAAGUUGGCUGUAGCUACACAACUAAUCGCUUCGAUAACUUAAAAUGGCAUAUGGCAACCCAUAAAAAUGAUACAGAUGUGGUUACGACUAAGAAAUCAUCAAACAGUUCUACCCCAAAUAAACGAAAAAAUGUAAAGACUAAAUCAUCAGAGGUUAAAAAACAAAAACUGCAAGAAGAGUUAUUGAAAGAUUGGGACAAUGACGGCGAAGAUGAUAAUGAAGAAAUCAAUACAAGCGGAGUACAAUCGUCUAGUAAUGUUGCACAAUCUUCAAAUGAAGAAGUUUUACAAACAUUGAUUGAUGUACAAUCUUCAAAUGAAGAAAUUGUACAAACAAAGAGUGAUGUACUAUCAUCUAGUAAUGUUGUACAAUCUUCAAGUGAAGAAAUUAUACCAACAAGUAAAGUUUUAUCGAGCAAAAAUGAUGCCAUACCAAUCACAAGUAAAGCUAUAUCCAGAAAUAGUGAAGUUCAAGAAACUAGUACUUGUUCUCCUACUAAAGUUUUUGAUUUUAAUGAAAAUGAUAAUAAUUCUGUUGUAGAACUAAGACAAAGUAAAUCUGAUUGUAGUUCUACUGUGGAUGAUGAUAUAAGUGAAACAUUUGAAUCUCAGAUAACUCCAGAUUUUAUAAAUAAUACAAUUUUUGAAGCAUCGCCAAGUGAAUCAGUUUUAGUUGAGAAACCUACAGAAAAUGUUAUCGAUAAACCUCAUGGAAUCCAAUCAAAUGAGCUUGCAAGUGAAAUUGAUAAUCAAACAAAAAGUACUGAACUAUUAUUAGAAAAAUCGGUUAAUACUUUAGACCAAAUAAACAAUUUUGAAAAUUCAUUGAGUGGCAUUUCGAGUAGUAUAAAUAAUUCUGAUGCAAAUAUAUUGACUGAAGAUAACAAUGUUGUUGUUGGUGAAUCUGAGAGUGAAUGUGGAUCUCUUAACAAAACUACUUGUCUAAAUAAAGGUAUUAACAUAGAGACUAUUGGCUUAGAUAUUCCAUUAGUUGAAAAUAUGUCUACUGAAACAGAAGACAGUGCAAUUGUUGAGGAGAAUACUAGUGACAAGGAGAUAGUUUCAAAUGAUGAAGAAGUUAAUCAGUUGAAUGGCACUACGAUUGAUAAGAAUAUGCCUAUCGAGAACUCAUGUUCUGUAGAUAGUACAUCAAAUAAAAUAGAUUGUGAAGAUAAAAUCAUUGAAAAAGAGGAAUUCCUGGAUGUUAUUUCAAAAGAUUGGUUUGAAGGCCCUGAAUGGGAAAGUACACGAUCUGCAACUAAAGCUAAUUCAUAUUCUGCUGAACUCAAGCUGCCCACUAGCCACAAGUGUACACUGCCUGAGUUUUUGAAGUGAGCUCCUCAAACAAUAGAACAGGACAUGUGUUCAGGUGGUGGUUUGAUUGGUAGAAUACCGUCAAAUAAUACAAUUACUGGGGGAAAUCCGAAGAUUGUUCACUGUCAAGUUUAUCAAGUUUUCGUGUAUGUUAGAUUUUAAAGCUUUAAGCGUUGUGUAUACCAUUUUUUAAAAUCUAAAUAAGGCCCUAUUAAGGAGAAUAUAUUAAUAUAUAAGUUGCACUUGAUCGAGAAAAUUAGUAGCUACACAUUAAUUUCUUCUUUAUCUAUCACUGCCAAACACCAUUGUGUUAUAUUAAUUUAAUUUUGGUACUUGUUUUUUAUGCUACAUAACAAAUAUUAUUGUGUUAUGUGAGCUAUUUCUGAUGAUUACCAGUUAAUUAUAAAUUAUUGUUUUAUAAACUUUUUUUUUCCUUCCUUUUAUUUUAAAUACAUUAGGUAUAGUAAUAUUAUAUUUAUUAUUUACUCUAGGAAAAAAUAAUGUAAAAAGACUGAUAAAUUAUUUUGAUUUUUAUAAUUGUUAAAAAAAAGUAUCAGACAACAGUUUUUAGUAACAUUUUUACUUGUAAAUACAGUUGUUUACAUAACCAAAAGUAGUCUGUACAUGGCAUACAACUAUACAAGACAAGUACCUUAGGUUUAUUUUUAUUGUGUUGUUGACUGUUGGUUUAUUUAUCAUCAGAGGAACAAAAUAUUUUAACUUAAUUGUUAAACAAUAAUUUGUUGUAAUUUUACAAAUUAAUUUUAAUUAACAUAAUAUUAUAUUUAGGAUCAUUGUGUAAAUAAAUUAUAUAUUAUAAUUAAAGUGAUAACUGUAUAGACAACAGUUCAGUUAUUAAAAUAACAUAGUUUAAUUUAAAUUUUUAACCUUAAAUCGAGAAAAUAUUUAAUUAUUAAGCCAGUGAAUAUGUAUAUGUAUAUGUAACACUUAAUAUAAUAUAUAUUACAGUUAAACCUGUGUAAUAUGGGACCAGAAUAUUAUGAAAACCCGACCUUGUUUUUGGACCAAAUGUUAAGGUCCGGCGAGUCUAAUGUAUUAUUUUACAACAUCUAUUAAAAGGAAAUCUGUCUAAAAUCAAAAAAAAAUUAUCGAUCUUAACAGUUUCCGUAUUACACAGGUUUACUGUAUUAAAUUAUAGUCACAGAUAUUGUAUGUUCGUGAGCUUAUAUGUUAUUGGUAAAAUGAUUAACACUUAACAAUUUUUAAAUGUAUUAUAUUAGCACAGCAAAAUAUUAAUUGGUAUAAUAUACUAAACAAUUGUAACAUAAUAUUAAAUAUAGUAAAGUAUAUUUCUAAAAUAAUCUAUUAAAAAUCUUAAGUGAAAUGUUACCAUUCAAUGUCUAUUUUUUGUAUUACAAAUGUAGAAUGUAUCACUGAUUAGUUUAGUUUUAAUAAUUUAGUCAAUUUACAAAUUACUGAUAGUGUUAAUCAUACGGUUGAUGAACUAAAAUAUAUCAAACAUUAUGUUUAUUUGAUACUUUUAGUUUGUGUGUAAUUUUGUACAGUAAUUAAAUACUUAUAAAAACUGUUAGAGGGAUUGACAGUUUAAGAAUGAACAGUAUUUUAUUCUAUGCCCUUGUAUAAUAUGAACCAUUUGUUGCAAUAUGAAUUAUUUUAAAUUUGUACACUAUACAUAUUUUAUUAUUAGGUAUUGAUAUUUAAAUUUGUUUUAACAUUAUUUCAAUAAAUACAUAAUAUUUAAUUCUUAAGAAAUUACAUUUAUAUUAUAUUAACUAUAGAACAUGGAGCCAAAAAAAAUUAAAAAUAUUGAUUAUGAUAAAUCAUUGUAAACAGUUUAUGCUCUAUAUAAGUUAAGGAAUGAUAUUUUAAAUUUAUACAUAUUUUAUUAUGAUAAGAAUUUAUUUUGUUCUGGAAAAAUGAACUUCAAAUUUAAAAAAAAUAACUUAAAACAUUUUAUAUACCUAAUUAUCAUAUUAUAGGUAUAAUAAUAUGAUAUUUAAUAAAAAGUUUUAAAUUUAUUAAAUAAAUCAUGUCUAUUUUAUAAUUAUAUCAACAUGUUCAAUUAUUAUUAUUAUUUGUUUUUGUGCAAAUGGACAAUUAUAUUUACAAUGAUCAAGUCUAUUAAAUUUUAACGUCGUAAAGUUGUACUGUAAUAUUUUUGGACAUAAUUCUAAUCAUUAAAAAACUAUUUUUUAUCUGUUCAAUACCUACGCUUCACAUAGCAUAAAACAGUUUUUUUUAUAAUAAUUUAGUAUGUGUUAUACCUACUACAUAAUUGAAAAAUUCUUGCAUUAUAUAUUUAUUUUCAUAAAUUACUACCAAUCAUUUUUUAUAUUCGAUUGUGGACCUAUGCAUGAUCUCGCAUUAAGUAUAUUACAAAUAAUAAAAAAAAAUCUGAAAUAAUUACAUUUCUUUAUGUAUAUAAAGGUUAAAAAGGUAUCGAUGCGAAUAAAAUCCAAAGCCACUUACCAUAUAUUAUCUCCUGACCAGACUUUCGGUGGUUUCUGAUCACACCGCCUUCUUCUUCCUUCACUGGUAUACCGUAACAUGUAUUAGGUAUUAUGUUUCUACUUUCUAGUAUUUAUGUGCAUUAUUAGAUUAAUAUUCCAACGUAUCUUACUAAACUGAAGGUGUAGGAAGGAUGGUCCGCGAGAUGAUUGCACCGAUAUCUUUUAUCUAUAUACACAGAACUGCACCUACGAUCUUCAUAUUAUUAUGUAUCAACUAAAUAGUCGAGUCUGAGAUAUUAUUAUUUACGAAAUGAAUAAUGAUAACGUAUUUUGAGAAGCAUAUUAAACGGGUGGCGUUUAGAAUUUUGCCUAUUGAAUUCUAAUGUUAUAAAAUUAAAAAUAGGUAGGCGCCUAUAAUUAAAGUAGGCCAAACAAAUUGUUUGGAAUGAUUUAAACGCUUGUGUCCCAAGUAUGCGUAUAAUAUAUAUUAUGUAUAAUACGCUUGUUUUGUCGUAAUUGCGUGUUUUUCGUUGUGAUGUUUGUUUUUUUUUUUUUGUAUUUUUGUUUUCAUUUUAUUUCGUUUUUAUUUU